AUGAGAAGUUUGAAAACUGAUGAUGAUAAAAAAAAUAUCAACUUCAAUGUAAAGAAUAACUCUACUGAAAAGAAAAAAAAUGAGAUAUGUGAUUUAACCACAGAGAAAGAUAAAUUUAUGGUUUCGACGAAUUCAAGAACAUAUGAGUUAGUGAAGUAUUUGGGAAAAGGUGGUUAUGGAGAAGUCUACGAAUGCAUCUCUGAAACUACUAAAAGAAUUUAUGCAUUGAAAAGAGAAAAUAUAUUACGAACAAAAAUUCCCAAUGAGAUUGAAGUGUUGAAGAAAGCAAAUGAAUGUGAUUGUAAACAAAUUUGCAAAUAUGUUGACGAUGGAAGGCAAAAUAACUAUGUAUUUGUGGUAAUGACACUACUCGGAAAAGAUUUGUCAAAAUUACGACGUGAAAGUAAAACGAAGAGUUUUUCCAUAAAUACCUCACUUCGUGUUGGACUAUUGACGCUUUCAGCAAUUCGAGAACUUCAUGAAAUUUCCGUCAUUUCAAGAGAUAUUAAGCCAAGUAAUUUUGCACUGGGUAUUAACAAGGAAUCCAGGAAUAUUUAUAUUUUUGAUUUCGGACUUUCUCGAUUCUAUAGAAAUCAGGAUGGAUCAAUAUUACCAGUAAAGCAUCAUACGGUUUUUCGUGGAACGACACGUUAUGCUUCAUUACGAGCACAUCAAAAACUUGAACUUGGUCGACGAGAUGAUUUAGAAUCAUGGCUAUAUGUUAUGGUUGAAUUGUCUAGUGGCACUUUACCAUGGAAGACACCGAAAAGAGUGAAGGAGAAGAAAAAUCAAUUGAAAGAACAGGUGUAUAGAGCUAAAUUACGUAUUCGUUUGGGUAAUGAACGGAAAGAAUUCUUCAGAAAUUCACUUCCCAUUCUCGAUUGUAUAUUCGUGAUGAUUGAUGAACUUGCUUUUGAAGCUGAACCGCCAUAUGAACAAAUCCAGUACAUAUUUGAAAAAUUAAUGCUCGAAACAAAUGUGAAAUGGGAUGAUAUUUACGACUGGGAAGAGAUUAGGAUGACACAAACUAAGCAAAUGAUAUCCGUGGAUGGAAUGACAUCAACAUCAGCUGCCAUGGCCACUCAUUCCAGGUAUGUUCAGGUCGGAACAACAACACUAACGGCAUCAACGGAAUCAUCAGCAUUGUUGCCAAACGUUCGGAUGGAAUAA